GGUUCCAAAACGAGGUAGCUGGGCUAGCUAAAGUGUAGAAGUGAGUUUCACUGGUCCUGAAGCUUUUCACGAGCGAAACUGUUAAUAAUAAUUAACCUACAGCGUUUUUCGAGCUCUUCGGGAAGACAAUGACACAAUGAUAGUUUUAGAGGGAGAUGACAUGAUGGAUGGUGGGAGGCAGGCUCGUCUUUCACGCCCACACAGAAUCAGCGAGUCUUCAAAGGUUUAUCGAUGGCCAGACCAAGCUAGCUAUCUCCUUCAGGGUUUGAAUGAGCAGCGAGAGUGUGGUCAGCUGUGUGACGUGGUCUUGGUGGCCAAUGACCAACGGGUGGCUGCGCACCGUGCCCUGCUGGCAGUUUCCAGUCCUUACUUCCAGGCCAUGUUCACCCUCGGCAUGCGGGAGGAGCGUCAAGCCGAGGUGGAGCUGGUUGGAGCCUCCUACGUUGGUGUGAAGGCAGUUGUGGACUUUUUGUACAGCGGUGAGUUGCCUUUGGAUGGUGGGAACAUUGACUAUGUGCUUGAGACAGCUCACUUAUUGCAAGUGUGGCAGGCAGUGGAUUUCUGCUGCCAGUACCUGGAGAAGGAGGUAAGCGAGGAGAACUAUCUAUACCUUCAGGAACUGGCCUUACUUUACAGCCUAGACAGGCUGGAUGCCUUCAUAGACCACUUCAUCCUGGAACGGUUCUCCACACUGUCUUUCACGCCUGAGUUCUUGAGGGAUGUGCGUUUGUCCAAGCUGUGCUCAUACCUGGCGAGUGAGCAGGUACAGAAUGAGAGUGAACAGGCACUUCUUCAGGCUUCUUUGCAGUGGCUGACCCAAAGACCUGAGCGCUCAGCUUUCGCUUGCCAGCUCUUGUCCAACAUUCGCUUUGCACUGAUCCCUCUGGAUGAGCUCAUGGAACAGGUGUUGCCUGCAGUGCGCUCCCUGCUGCCUUCAGACUCUGGUUGCGAAGCUCUGGUGGAGGAGGCACUAGGCUACCAUGCCCGUGUCAGUGCCCAGCCUGUGCUGCAGACAACCCGCUCAAAUCUACGAGGUGGCGUCGAGCGGCUCCUGCUUGUCGGAGGGGAGGUGUAUGAGCGUGGGGAAGAGCUUAGCACUGAGGUGUGUUGGCUGGAUGAAGAUGCAGGGACAUGGGAGGUGGAGACUCAACUGCCAGCUCAGAGAAGUCACCACUGUGUUGCGGUCUUGGGUGGAUUUAUCUUCACCGCAGGGGGAAGCUCUUCAAGGGACAAUGGGGGAGGUGCUGCCAGUAACUUACUGUACCGAUAUGAUCCACGCAACAACACAUGGACCAAGGGUGCCACUAUGAAUCAGCGAAGAGUUGAUUUCUAUCUGGGCACUAUGAGGAAUUGCCUGAUUGCUGUUGGAGGACGCAAUGAUAGUGGUGCUCUAUCAUCUGUAGAGGUCUAUCAUCCUGUUGAAGAUUACUGGGCCUACGUAGCAGGACUGCCUAGAUUCACAUAUGGUCACGCGGGCACCACACACAAAGAUGUUGUGUACAUCUCAGGAGGCCAUGACUAUCAGAUUGGACCUUACAGACGUGACAUGCUGAGCUAUGACCCCAGUACUGGUGACGCUUGGACAGAGAGGCAGGCCAUGACCCUGGCUCGAGGCUGGCACUGCAUGACAUCCCUGCAGGAUAAAAUCUACGUCAUCGGUGGCAGUGAUGACCACGAGGACAGCAUGGAGCGUUUUGAUGUGUUGGAGGUGGAGGCCUUUGACCCACUGACUGAGCAGUGGAGUAGGAUAGCACCACUGCGGUAUCCCAAUAGUGAGGCGGCAGUAGCAGUGUGGAACGACAAAAUCUAUGUAAUGGGGGGCUACACCUGGGAGCACAUGGACUUCUCAGAAAACACUCAGGUGUUUGUUCCUGAGAAGGGCCACUGGAUAAUGGGUAACAAUCUACCUAGGUACAUUGCUGGAGCAUCAGCAUGUGUUUGCACGGUCCGACCUCGACAGCGCAGCAGUCUGGAGCAGAACAGGACAGAAAAGGGGGGGAAGGAGAAGCAGAGUCUCAGUCAGGCACAAGACAGAUAACUGUAGGAGGAACUGUUUGAGGCGGUUGCAGUGGUACUGUGAGGUGGAUGUGUGUGUGUGUGUGUAUGUGUUCUGAACUUGCAAACUUGCAAACAGCAUAUCAGUUUCAACACAAGCUGAUCUAACACCAGUACACGAAAUCUGCUGAUGAAAGAUGUGCUGCUAUUUUGAGUGGAUUCCGGAUUUGUUGGUUACAUCCAUUUGUAUGGUUUUAAGAAUGGGAAGUUCCUGUGUGGCAGAACAUUGUGCUGUUUUUUGUCAAGCUCCUGGUGAAUUUUGUCAAAAGCACAAAUCUGAAGACACUUGGAUGUUUUCCACCAGUUCAUGUUUCAGAGAACUUGCUCAUGAUGUGGACUAACAUGGACAAACAUUUCAGUACUACAUUAAAGUAAACACAUGACCUA